AUGUUUGAAACAGGGGGUACCACUACCACAAGGCAACAACUAAUCAGGGUCCCCUCAAAUGAUAAGGGUUUGAAUCCUAUUCUCAAGAAAUCAGUAGAUUUCACAAUCCCUGAAGACAAAGAUGCCCCUGAAGAAUACAUCAAGAACAUUCUGAAUCCAUUAAAAAAUGAUGGAUUUGUAAGAAAAUUUGCAGAGCUUCCAGAAUCAUGGGAAGAAAGAGAGAGUUAG